GCGCGGCGGCGGCAUGGAGGCCUUCGGGGAGAAGGCGGCGCGGGGCAUGCUGCGCCUGCCCGGCGCGGAGAUGCGGGGGGCGUCCUGCGCCGGCCCGGCGGAGGUGGCUUGCUGGCCGCCCAGCUUGGGCCGCGUCUCGGGCAGCGUCCUGGGAGACGAGGAGUCGGAGCGCGACAGCGUCCACACGGGCGAGUCGCACGAGGGGGCCGAGGAUCUGCACGUGGAGCUGGCCCAGCUCUCGACCGAGCAGCUGCUGGCCCUGGUGGAGGAGAACAGCCACACCAACUCCAUGCUCAAAAUUGAAACGGAAAUGUUUGAGAAAUUUUUCAAUAGAUUGGAGCCAAAAGACGCGGGAGCAGAAAAACAUAGUUCAUUGCUGGACAUGGGACAAGCACCGUAUCCACGGGGCAGGCGCAAGUCGAAGUCCCGGAUCACAGUGGAUCGAGUGAUAUGCCUGACGGUGGAACAGAAAUGUGACCUGGUGCAGCGGGACUCGGACGAGACCAAGGAAGACCUGCAGCUGAUGAAGGAGAAUUCGGAAAGGAGCUUGCAGAAUUACCUGGCUAUCCUAGAGGAAGCAGAUAUUCGCUUGGUUGAAAUUAAGAGAGCUAUGAUAGAGUUUGACAAAGACAUAGUGAAAACCAUCACUAAGAAGAAAGGGAGCGUCAUUGCCUCUGACAAGGUGCUGCGGUACAUGGAGGACCGGAUUCGCUCUAGGGAUGUUAUGAAAGAAAAAAUUCAUUUGAAAAACGAUUCUCUCAAAGUCCAGAAGCAGAAGAUGCAGAUGCAACUCAAGCAGAAGGAGGAGCUGGGAGAGGCGCUGCAUGAGGUCGAUUUCCAGCAGCUCAAGAUUGAGAAUGCUCAGUUCCUGGAGAAAAUAGAUGAACGAAACCAAGAGCUACUGCAGCUGAAGCUGACCGUUGGCAACACCCUGCAGAUCCUUAACUUCUACAAAAGGAAGCUGCACUAUGCAACGGCCAUGGCUACCUACCUGGUGAAAGACAUUGCCCAGAGAAAGGAGUCCCUGGAGAAAAUUGCGCGGGAAGCCAUCUUUGUGGAAGAGGAACGGCUGAAGGCUGAGAUCUUGAACAAAAAGCUACGGCGACAACUGGCAGAAUACAGAGUUCCUCCUGUCCUCAACUAUGUUCAUGAGAAGAUGACCGUCCAUGAUCUAGAAAACAGCCUCAGGAUCUGGGAGAGGAAGGUGGAAAUUGCAGAGAUGGCCUUGAAGAGCUACCGCAAUGUUUGGCAUAAGGCGAAGAUGGCCAGUCACCAGCUGCAGGCUCUUCUACCAGAGCAGGAGAGACACAAAGUGACAGAGGGACUCUAGAGAAAUCCGGAGGAGGAGGAGGAGAGCGGGAGGAAACUCGCAAGCCACCUGCUGCACCCAUCAGCCCCCACCGUCCUGAUGCAGAGCUUCAUUCCGAUGACCCCCCCUCCCUUCUUCCCCCCCCGCCCCCUCCCAGGGCCAGACCAAGGAGGCUUCGGAUAGGCACAAAGCCCCUGGAGGUCACCGAGAGGGAAGGAGGCUUUUGCCGUGCUCCAUCUGACCUCCAGGCCUCGGUUUCUGCCCCUUCGGUGUGUUAGUAAACGGAUCUGUCUUAAGCCAUUUAUCGAUCACGAUAGACCUGCUUGACUACAGAGCUGUGGAGUUGAUUCAAAUCACUCCACAACAUGAGAAUGAAUAAACGGAGUGGUGAUGCAGCCAGACUCCCUUUAGCACCUUGGGAAGUGGGGAGGGGGGACUGAAACCUUCAGUGCUAUGGGGGCAUUUCCCCUCAAAGCGCCCAGGGACAGUGGCUGGGCC